CUCUCUUUCUGAGGCGACAGUCAAGUCACGAGCGUAUUUUGAACGGCAUUUGUGCAACCAAACGACAAAAGCCGUUUUAAAGCUCAGACUCGGUGUGGAACGUGUUGCUGUUGCCCCUACCGCUAAUACUGGUUGUGUGUGUGUGUGGUGGUUGUGUUUGAACUGUUCGAAAGCUCGCAAACGCUUUCCAAAACCCACCACGGCGUCCAACUGCAAAUCAACGGCAAGAGCGUCGCCGACGUCGCCGCUCGCCCGUCGCGUGUAAUAAAAGAAGCAAAUUUGAGUUGGUUUUGGGGCUUUGGCGUCAGCUUCGAGAAAUUGUGCGCGACAUCGUAGCCAACAGUGUAAAUGGAGCUUUGAUAGCGAACGGAAGGACAAAACUGCUACUGCUGCUCUAUUUGAUCUCAAGCCGAGUGUUUUGAACAUAGUGUUUUCUUUAUAAAAAAAAAAUAUAUAGAAAAAACUAAAGAUAAUAAAACAGAAAUAGUGCGUGUGAAAUAAUCAUCAGAAUAGACGGCAAACAAAAUGGCAAAAAUUUUUAUAGUUUUUGCCGUUUUGGCUUUGGCGGCCAUUGGGGCAGCCAAUGCUGAAGUAGUGCGUGUCAAGCGUCAGGCGACAACCGAGGAGCCCAAGAAGGAGGAAUCCUUCGAGAAGGAGCUGUGCAAGGAUAAAGAUGCCGGCGAGUGGUUCCGUUUGGUGGCUGGCGAAGGCGACAAUUGUCGCGAUGUCAUUCAGUGCACCUCAUCGGGCCUGCAAGCGAUUCGUUGCCCAGCCGGUUUGUACUUCGACAUUGAGAAGCAGACCUGCGACUGGAAGGAGUCCGUGAAGAACUGCAAGAGCAAGAAUAAGGAGCGUCGUGUGAAGCCUCUGCUGCACACAGAUGAGCCACUCUGCCAGGAUGGUUUCCUCGCCUGCGGCGAUGGCAACUGCAUUGAGCGUGGUCUCUUCUGCAACGGCGACAAGGAUUGCUCAGAUGGCUCCGAUGAGAAUACUUGCGACAUCGAUAACGAUCCGAAUCGUGCACCACCCUGUGAUCCUGCCGUGUGCGUGCUGCCUGACUGCUUCUGUUCGGAGGAUGGCACCUCGAUACCCGGAGAUUUGCCCGCUAAGGAUGUGCCCAUGAUGAUCACUAUAACGUUCGAUGAUGCCAUCAACAACAACAACAUUGAACUGUACAAGGAGAUAUUCAAGAAUCGCAAGAAUCCCAAUGGCUGCGACAUCAAGGCCACCUAUUUCGUAUCGCACAAGUACACCAACUACUCCGCCGUGCAGGAGACAUCACGUAAGGGUCACGAGAUCGCUGUGCACUCGAUAACCCACAACGACGAGGAGCGUUUCUGGUCGAAUGCCACCGUUGAUGAUUGGGCCAAGGAAAUGGCCGGCAUGAGAAUUAUUACGGAGAAAUAUGCGAAUAUUACGGACAAUUCGGUUGUGGGUGUGCGUGCACCUUAUCUCCGCGUGGGUGGCAACAAUCAGUUCACCAUGAUGGAGGAGCAGGCGUUCCUCUAUGACUCGACCAUAACGGCACCGCUAUCGAACCCACCACUGUGGCCAUAUACAAUGUACUUCCGCAUGCCACAUCGCUGCCACGGCAAUCUGCAGAGCUGCCCGACGAGAUCGCAUGCCGUGUGGGAGAUGGUCAUGAAUGAGCUGGAUCGUCGCGAGGAUCCUGCCAAUGAUGAGUAUCUGCCCGGCUGUGCCAUGGUUGACUCCUGCUCGAAUAUCUUGACGGGCGAUCAGUUCUACAAUUUCCUCAAUCACAAUUUCGAUCGUCAUUACGAUCAGAAUCGUGCUCCUCUGGGUCUGUACUUCCAUGCCGCCUGGCUGAAGAACAAUCCCGAAUUCUUGGAUGCCUUCCUUUACUGGAUCGAUGAGAUCCUGGCCAAUCACAAUGAUGUCUACUUUGUGACCAUGACACAGGUGAUACAGUGGAUGCAAAAUCCACGCACAAUUAGCGAGGUCAAGAACUUCGAGCCCUGGAGGGAGAAGUGUACCGUUGAGGGCAAGCCAGCCUGCUGGGUGCCAAAUACCUGCAAGCUGACCUCCAAGGAGGUUCCCGGGGAGACCAUCAAUCUGCAGACCUGUGUCCGAUGCCCCAAUAACUACCCAUGGGUCAAUGAUCCCACCGGCGAUGGUUUCUUCUAAGUCAGCGUACAAGAGAGAUAAAGAGAGUGAGAGCAAAAGCGAGUGUGAGUAAGAGUGAAAGAGAGAGCGAAAGCGCAUUAGCAUCCAAGCAGCCCCAAUCCAAAUUCCUACAGUCAUCUAAAAUACUCGACUUUUAUUAUUCCCAUAUACUCAAGACUUUUUUUAUUGUACUUAUAUUUUUUGACUGUGCCGCGUUAACAAACAAAAAAAUAAAACGUUAAAAAAACAACGCGCGCCGGCUAAGUCUGCUGUGUUACGUUAUUGAAACAUAAUUAAAAACAAACAAAAACCAACAAAAAACAAAAAAGAACAAAAAAAAAACACAAAGAAAACAAUAAAAUUUACAAAGAGAAGAACAAGUAAACAAGAACAAAAACAAACAGCAAACAAAAGAAUAAAUUUUGUUUAUAUACUCAUUUUUGUAGUUUUACGUUAAUUUGUAUGUGUAUAUUUAAAAAUACCUAAUAAAGAAUAAAGUAAAACAAAAACGAAACGAAAAAAAACGACAAAUUUUAAAAGAAACAAA